CCUCGGCGAUGGCCACAUAUCUACGUAACCUCAUGAGUGAGCACACGUGUCCUUCCCCCUGGCGGGUCAGCUUAGCAGCAGCACAGCCUCAAGCAGAGCAGCAGGAAGUAGUUUUUGACUCUCGCGGCCGAACAAGAAUCAAAUGCACCAACUGCCGAGAUUUCAGCGGCAGCGUCUGACGAGUGAACACCUUAGCGUCGUAUGGCUGGAGGUGCCCCCGAAAACGCACUGCACUGGCUGCAAUUGCUGGGGUCCCCUGGGGCGCGCUCCGGCCGGCGCGGGCCCGCGCCCCCGCUCGCUGGCCGCGCGGCGGAUACGCAGCGGGCGCUGCCCGCAGAGCGCAGGCAGCAGCGGCAGCGGGGUGGGGGAGAGAAGCCUCCGCUUCGCCUCCCCCUCCCCCGUCGUCCCCUUCCCCGGCCCCGCUCCCUGCGCUCUCCCCCUCAGCUGGGGGUGGGGCGGGAACGGGAAGCGGAAGGCAAGAGAAGACGGAGGGGGGAGGAGGGAGGGAAGGGGCGGGAAGGAGAGGGGCCGAGAGGGCCGAAGGGGGGGGUGGGGCGUGCAGAGCGCUCCGAAGCCUUAGGCGGCCCCAGAGGAAACCGCCUGACUCGGCGCAGGCGGCGGAGGCCCCUCGGCCUGGCGCGGGGGGCCCAUGCCACCCCACCGAUGUCCGGGCGCGGCAGGCUGAACUGGGCUAGGCCGCGUGAGGGGCAGGAGCAGCAGCAGCAGCAGCAGCAGCAGCAGCAGCAGCAGCAGUGGGAAGAGGAGACGAGGAGGAACAGCAGUAGGGGAAGGGCGGAACAUUUGGAACAGAGCGCCCUGUCAGCUUCAAAGUCGCCAGCACCUACAAAGAUGCCUGAAUUUGAACCAGGACGCUGCUAACAAAAAACGCUGCGAGCAUACUUUCGAUGUUCGCAAAGGCAGGUCGCGGCCAUGCGUGCCGAGCACUGCGAACGAGUGGCCGCGCGUGUCGA